GGUGGAAGUUCUUGAGAUGAGUUUGAAAGCUGUUGACAUGAGGAAGUGCUCCAGGAAGCAAAAGAGAGCACAGCAUCGACUGGCAAGAGAUAUGAAGAUCAAUUGUCGUGAUGAUCCAACUCAGAAUUUAGUAAUUUGCAAUGCAGGAUUGGUGACAGGAUUCACACGUGAGAGCCUGGAAAAUAUUCUUCAGGAGUUCAAGGAGGCAGCAGGGAAUUAUGAGAUUUUAAUGCCUCCUGGGAAGUCUUAUAGUUUUGUUAAAUUUUCAAGCCCUGAAAUAGCCUCGAGGGUUUAUGAUGGAGUCAAUGGAAAUUUCGUUGAAGGGCAGGGGCCUCCGUUGUAUUUAACGUUCUCGGAAACACUGCCACACUUGGAAGUCAGCCCGAUAUCUUCAGAACUCCCUCCAGGUCUCAGGGUUAUCGAGGACUUCAUAACACCUGAGCAGGAAACUCUCCUACUGGAAAAAGUUGACUGGAGCGAGGAAGACUCGUCGUCAGAGCUGAAACACAGAAAAGUCAAGCAUUUUGGAUUUGAGUUUCGUUACGAUACGAAUAGAGUGGACCCGGACGAUCCAAUAAGUCCAAUUCCCGAGGAAUUCACAUUCUUGCAGAAGCUCUUUGGGAAUCACCACUGCGGCCAGUUCAUUUACGAUCAAUUGACGAUAAACCGGUACUUACCAGGACAAGGAAUUCCACCUCACAUCGAUACACACAGUGUCUUCGAGGACCCCAUUCUGAGUCUUUCACUAGGUUCAGCUUGUGUAAUGGAUUUCAGAAAAAAGGAGAAGAAAAUAGGUAUCCUCCUUCCACCCAGGUCGUUAUUAGUAAUGUCUGGUGAGUCUAGGUACACCUGGAGCCACGGGAUCUGUCCUCGGCAUAGUGACAUCGUGUCCGAGGACAAUGGCAUGACGACAAGACCCAGAGGCAUUAGAACAUCAUUUACUUUUAGAAAAGUGAGGAGGGGAGAUUGUCCCUGUUAUUUUGACGACUACUGUGAUACUGUCCACAAGCACAGGAAGGAUAUCGAUAAUUCUGUAGCUCCAGGACUGGAAUUGUCGUACGUCCAUGAGGUUUACGAAGAAAUUUCGAGUCACUUCGAUGAAACGAGGCACAAACAGUGGCCCAAUGUCUCUAAAUUCCUCGACAGUAUCGAGCCAGGGAGUAUUUUACUCGAUGUCGGCUGUGGAAAUGGAAAAUAUUUGAAUGAUACUUCUGGAAUUUUUAAAGUAGGCUGUGAUAGGAGUUCAGGAUUAACUAGGAUCUGCAGAAAACGAUCCUUUGAAGUUUUCCUGUCUGACUGCCUCCAAUUACCAUUUAAAUCGAAAUCCCUUGAUGCUGUAAUAAGUAUUGCAGUGAUUCACCACCUCUCGACGCCGGAAAGACGAAGAUCUGCAUUUUUGGAGAUUCUCAGGGUUCUCAGGCCAGGGGGAAGGUGUUUGAUCUACGUCUGGGCUAAGGACCAGCACUGGAAUUCUAAAGAUUCGACUUAUCUGAGGUUUAAUCCCAAGAAAAAUGAGGAGUUUGGGGGCAGAGAGAUGCAGAGACUUUUUCAAGGGCUUGCCCUUCCUGUUCAUGAGAAUAGAACGAAUUUUAGUCACAGCGAUGUCCUCGUACCUUGGAAGAGAAAGGGAGGCGGUGAAUUUCUGAGAUAUUAUCAUGUCUUCGAGGAGGAAGAGUUUGUAGAACUCUGUAAAGGCCUUUGUGAAUCAGUAAUCGAGAGGAUUUAUUAUGAUCAAGGCAAUUGGUGCACAAUUUUGAAAAAAAUGUAGUUUUUUAAAUUGAAUUUGUUAAAUAGAAUGGAAGGAAAUAAAAGUCCACUCAACUCAUCUUCACAUUUGAUUUCUCUUUAAUUCGUAAAACAAAUGCCUUUUUUUCGAAAAGUUUAUUUAAUCCCUAAGAGAUAUACAAAACAAACAUUUCCUUGCAACUAUUAUAAUUCCCUAAAAUAACGCAGGAAAUUUGUCAUGAGUUUUCAUUUUUUUUUUUUUUUUCAUUUAUGUCUUCAUUCGUGUAAUUCAUUAUUUCAAAUAUUAAACGUCAGUUUUAGUGAACACCACAUGUCCAUUUUGCAUUAUUAAAAUUGAAUCACUCAUUACUUAAAUUCCAUCGAGUGGAUGCCCGCGGUACAAAUGAAACUCUCACACGUGUCCGAAUCCUCAUUCUCUUCAAUAAUUUUCUUUUUCAUUUCGAUAUUCAGCUAUGCCCUAAAAUUAUGCACAUCAGCAAAUCAGUAUUAAAAUAUUACAAUUUCAUAUUUUACAGUUGAUUUAAUCCCAUUUCUCAAUUUGUUUUUAUCUCUUUCACUAGCUCUCAUCUGAGUGAAUAAAGAGAAAGGGGGAAAAAAAUGAAGAGGAAAUAUCCUCUCCUUAAUUCUCUGAGAGCCCUGGGGAAAUCAUCACUUAUCACUCAUGACUUCAGAGGAAUUGGGGAAAAUAAAUGAAUAGUGUUAAAAUAAGAGGGAAGAGGUAAAGAGGAAAAAGAGAAGAAUCGAUGAGUGAUUUAGCAGUGUUGGGACACUUCCAAAUAAUCCUCACAUGGUUUUAUUUUUCCCAUCAGCUGCCUGUCGAGUCGAGAUUGCAAUCGUGAACUGCAGCAGAUGUCAAUUGCACCUCUUCCACAAGAAUAAAAUUUCCAUUAUUUUUGUUGUUCAAAUAUUUAAGGUUUUCUGACGGUUUUAUUCAAACUUGGAAGAGAUCUGUACAUAACUAGAAGUCUAGGAAUGUCAACAUUACAAGAAACGACAAUAAUUUAUUACAAUACAGCUGUACACCCAGGCAAAAUGACUCUCGGCAGCAUUGUUGUAUAAUUUUCUUUUUUUUUAUUUAAGAAUUUGUUACUCAUGUUUAAAUUAACUCAUUACUUAUCAACUUCAUCGCACUUCUUCCAUGUUGAAUUCAUCUAAAUAACCUCAGAUUGCUGUUGUUUUAACUGUAGUUGUACUCUUUAUUGUAAUUGUGAGAACGGAGGAUGAACAAUGACAAGAUGGAAACGCUCAUUUAUUUUUAUUGGUUUGAAAAUGACUUUUAUCUCUUAUUUUUCUCAUUGAAAAGUAAAUACACUUGUACACUUGCAGAAACACUCAUUCUCCUGAUUAAAGGAUUUCCAAGGAGUUUUCGACACUCGUGCGAAAUAAAAGCGAUUGUUUCAAUGAUUAAGUAAUACGAGUCAACAACUCACGCUAAAUUCAAUGUUUAUUACUCCAACUUCAGAAAAUUUUCUAAAAAAAAAUUCAUCAACUAUUAUUUUAAACGUUCCAUCAAAGGAAAGUAAGCGCAAUUUAACAACUAAACAUUUUUUUCCUCCAUCAAUUGAAAGGUUGAAAAAUUUAUUUAAUCGAAGAACGCACACACCUCUCAGUUCCCACGCAUUUUCGCAACGUGUAAGACGGAAAAAAAAUUAUUUAAAAAAAAAGUAAAUGAUACUAAAUCUUUCGGAAAGAUUAAUCUGAAAAGAUUUGUCCCUAGAAAAUAGUUAUUUUCUUUGUUUUCAUUGAAAUUUGAGAAAAGAGAACGACGACCCUUGGACAUUUCAUUAUUAUUUUUGUGGUUGGGCUCAUUGUUUUAAUUAUUUUCUCCUAAGUCUCUCGGACGUUCACAAAGUGUCAUCCCUGUCAAAUUGGUUUAUUCAUCUCGUUUGAGUUUUUUCCAUUUGCCUAUUCAAUUACUCUUUCCAUGGUGAUUUUUUGUUGCUUUCAAUCUUACUAUCAAUUAUGUUAAAAUACAAAUUUCACUCAUACAAUUAAACCUCUCUCAUUCACAAUUGUUUUGUUUUUAUUUUUUUUACCUCUUUUACAACAUAAUAGCUUCACUCACUCUCGCAUACAAUGCUUCUGUUUUGUUAUUUUUUAUUAUUAUUACUUUUUUUUUUCGUUUUGUAUUUUCCUUUCAACUCUUUAAAAUAAUUACUAUUAAACGCUGAGAUGGGGGAGGGGAGAGG